GAACAAAAAAUGUCUUUGAAGCACGUAUGCUACUAUCGUUUCUUUUUAUAUUUAAAGUGAUUAAUAUUAUGUUUUAGCGGAUAUUCAUCGUAUUAUAUAUGCAAGUUCAGGAAUGGUAAUUCAUGGUUAUCUUGAUCGUCAACCAUAUCUUUCAAUUUUUAAUGAAACUUUUGAUGAUAAUACAAUGUUAAAAGGUCUUAGAAAAUUAACUGUUGCAGAUGAUCCACCUUUGCCUGAUCUUACAACACCAGGACGUACAGUAUAUUCGAAAGGUAAAAUUAUUUGUGAACAAAUGGCCACUGAUAUUGUUAAGAAUAAUUCAAAAUCAAUUAGUUGUGCUCGUUUUGGAGCGGUUAAUAUAGAGGAUAAACCUGAAACAACAUGGAAUCGAACUCUAUGGCUUAGUCAUCGUGAUUUAUGUUCAUUUAUUAAUAAAGCAUUAGAAGCUCCUUUAAAUAUGAGUGGUAUUUAUUUUGUUAUGUCGAAUAAUCAUCGUCUUUGGGUUGAUUUGGAACACACAAAAAAAGAUUUAGGUUAUGUACUACAAGAUGGAGAUGAAAAAAUAUUAUCGUGGUAUUGA